UUUUGGUCCCUUUUGAUCAGUUUUCCCUAAAUAUUAGCCCUUGAGUCAACCCAACGAAUUCCAUAAAUCUAGACCACCGAGUUUUUAUAGGAUCUCUUUAAUUUGAAUCUCACAAGUAUCUAUAUACAUCAACAAAUGUUCUGUGCUCAGGAUCAUCUCACAAAUCUAUAGCAGUGAUUUGUUCUGGUCGCUUCAACCUCAGCCUCACCUGAAAGGAAUCCUCUCUCCUUUUCCCUUGAUUUGAAUUUCCUAUGUUCCUUUCACUUUGGAAAUUUCUGAUGAUCAAGAAGGGGAGUCAGUCCAGAGUCAUAGUCUAGCUGUUUCAAUGUCAUAUUCAAGGGGAAACUCCCUUGGUGACAGUUAGUUGAUUAUUGGGUUAAUGUUUGUGGACAGAUAAGAAGAACGAGAAUCAAUAUUGAGAAUGGGUAAAGGGAAAAAGGAAGAAAAGAAGGAGAGAGAGGAAUGCAUGUUGAAGAAUGGAAGCCUAUUAUUAGAGAAGCGAAUUUCCUAUUUUGGUGGGAGGUAUUCCAAUCCAAUUCAUAACUUCUCUAUCCAAGAAAUUCAAAGAGCAACAGACAAUUUCAAUGGAAAUUUAAUCUUCAAUGAUGAUGUGAGCAGUUUUUACAAAUGGUACAAAGGUUCUCUGGAAGGUCGAGUCAUUUGUAUUAGGAAAAUUUUUCGCAGUAGUUUUGCAGAAAAUCCUCAAAUUGUCACAAAUGAAAUUGCUGUUGCAACACAAAUGAGCAGCCACAAGAAUGCCUUGAAGCUACUGGGAUGUUGCUUAGAGACACGAGUACCUAUUCUGGUUUAUGAAUUCUCAUCUUGUGAACCCCUUGCAGAGAAAAUAUUUGACUGCAAUGAGCCUUUCCCAUUGAAGGGUAGGCUUAAGAUUGCAUACGAGAUUGCUAGUGUAAUUGCAUAUCUUCAUACUGCUUUUCCUAGGCCCAUCAUUCAUAGGGAUAUAAAACCUCAUCAUUUCUUUUUGGACAAUGGUUCUACUCCCAAACUAUCCAAUUUCGAACUUUCUAUUGCCCUUCCAGAAGGUGAAACGCGUGUGAAAGAUGUUCCACGUGGGACUCUGGGGUACUUGGCACCUGAGCUUUUUUCUUGGGAGUACACAGAAAAGACUGAUGUUUUUAGUUUUGGUACACUUAUAUUGGAACUUCUAACUAGGCGAAGGGCUUCCUUUCUUGCGAAGAGGAAGGGAGUUAGUAUGAGGAAACAUGGUGAAGAUCACAUAGAAACUUAUGGCAUUCAUGACAUCUUGGAUCCAAGUAGUCUAGUUGAGGGAGGGGGAGUCCUUGAGCAGCAGCAAUUCGAAGCAGUAUGCCAACUUGCUCUCAAAUGCACUGAGGAAUUUGCAGAAGAUAGGCCAACAAUAGUGGAUGCUGCAAAAGAAAUUAGACGAAUUCAACGGUACAGUUUGCCAUAUAAACUUUCUUUUGCAAAGAGUGUGUUUAAUAAUGAUUUUGAAAAGUGUUUUUAAUAUUUUUAAUACUUAAAAAAUAAAAAAUUUUAAGUAUUAAAAAAAUUAAAAAUAUUUUUUAAAGUUAUUACCAAACGCACUUUAAAUAUAUAAUGAGUCAUGAGUCAUGAUAAGUGAUUAAACAUUGAAGUUUUUAUUUUUUAUAUUUUAUAUUUGAAGCUUUGUAAAACCUACGACAUCAAUGGCAUUGUGGAUCCGAUAAUUCUAGCUCAGCCAAGAGGGAUACAUGAAGAGCUACAAUUUUAAGCCAUAUUUGACCUUGCUAUGAGAUGUAGUAUGAAAGAUAUGAACGAGAGACCAACCAUAGUGAAUGCUGCAAAAGAAGUUAGGAGAAUUCAAAAGUUUGUCCCUUGAUUUCCUUUUCACCAGUUCACAGUAAUUUACAUCUUUUUAUUUAUCAGGUAUGUUUGGUUGUUGAAAACUACCAAGGAAAGAAAAGAAAAUUUUCUUA